AUAAGCGAGGGGACAUGUCAGAUAUUUGGAACAUUAUUUAGAUAAGCAAUGCAAUCCACCUGAAUAAAGACUUUGAUGGAUCAAUACAAUACACAGAUAAAAAUAUGAAUUCUGAAGCUUCAGAUUCUCAAAGAACAUGGCAAAACUGGGAAAAGCUCCUCUUGACAUUUUUAUUCAGAGGCUGCAUAUCACAGAAUCAAGGCAGCAUAUUCUAAUACUGAUAAAUUAGAUGUUCCGUUUCAAAAAAAAAAGAUAAAUUAGAUGUUCCAAUGUACAGUAAAGGUUUAACUGAAAUAAGUCGACAGAAAUAGAAUAACAAUACUGCUGUGCCACGACAAGCCAGAAGGUUUGGCAUCAAUCCAAGCUCUCGAAGGCUCUGAACACUGAACUGGUAGGCUUCGUUUUCUGCAUUUUUCAGAUGUAGCAAAAGAAAUGACUCGGUAUCAUUGAUAUUCAGUAAAUGAAAAAAAUAUUAUCCGCUGCAAACAAGAGUACCAAUUGGCCCAAUCAACUAUCUGCAAAUCGCCAAGCCACCAAAAUGUAGACAAGAAUGUUACUUUUGUAAUUGAGCCAAUUAGCUCAAUCAACUAUCCUGGGCCAUUGAUGCCUCUUUUGUAAUUGAGCCCUCUCCUUCACCUGAAAUUUGAGAAGAGCUCGCUAGCAUAUUCCUCCGAGUCUGAACUUUCUGAAGAUCUUAUUCAUCCAAGAGGCAGCAGCCGGAGGAAGGAAUUCAGAAUUCAAGCUCUUCCACCAAUGCAGCUUCAUUGUUGUGCGAUCCUGGAUGGUUGAACUGUACUGAAUCUGCGAUCGCACCUCCGGUCUCUGAACUCUGAUCAGAUCCCGACGAAUUAGCAGACCGCUUCGUUUUCUCAUUCUCUAGUCGAGUCGGUCUUCCCCACGGCGACAAGUGGUGUUCAAACGGCGUCAGAUCCGAGCCAACGACCCACAACGACCGGGAAGGAAGCGGAGGAGACGGCAUGGCCGCCAACCAGGAGCAGGAGAAGGAGCAGCGCCGCCGCCUCCUCGACGUCGCGUCCCGCUUCCCUCUCCCAAGCGGCUGCAGGUUCUCCUACGGCACGGCGGGAUUCCGCGCCGACGGCGCCACCAUGGCGCCCGCCGUCUGCCGCGCCGGCAUCCUGGCCGCGCUCCGCUCCGUCAAGCUCGCCGGUGCUGCCGUCGGGAUCGUCAUCACCGCCUCCCACAACCCCGUCGGCGACAACGGCGUCAAGAUCGCCGACCCCGACGGCGGCAUGAUGGCCCAGCACUGGGAGCCCUUCGCCGACGCCCUCGCCAACGCCCCCGACCCCGACGCCCUCCUGCAGCUGGUGCUUCAGUUUGUCAAGGACGAGGGAAUUCCAUUGGGGGGCCACCACACGGCACAAGUGCUGCUUGGCCGAGAUACUAGGCCAACAGGAGAGUACCUGCUCGAUGCCGCACUGCAGGGGAUAAAUGCGAUAGUUGGCGCACACGCAAUUGAUAUGGGAAUUUUGACCACCCCUCAACUGCAUUGGAUGGUACGGAACAAAAACAAAGGCAUCAAGGCUUCAGAGUCAGAUUAUUUUACACAACUUAUCGACUCAUUCAGGCGUAUGUUGGAAUUAGUGCCAAAAGAUAAAGGUGGGGAUGAGCUUGCUAAGAAACUAAUUGUUGAUGGAGCAAAUGGUAUUGGUGGGGUGAAGCUCGAACAAAUAAAGGCAGAGCUUUCAGGCAUAGAUAUUAUUGUGAGGAAUUCAGGUAAGGAAGGAGAAGGCAUACUAAACCACAUGUGUGGUGCAGACUUUGUUCAAAAGGAGCGAGUUACUCAUCAUGGGUUUAGCCCUGAAGAUGUUGGUGUCAGGUGUGCAAGUUUGGAUGGUGAUGCUGAUCGACUUGUCUAUUUCUGCGUGUCAUCGGCUAGCGAAAAUAAGGUAGAUCUAGUUGAUGGUGACAAGAUAUUAUCUCUGUUUGCCCUGUUUAUCAGAGAGCAGCUAGAUAUUAUUAAUAACAGUGGUAGUCAAGUAAACAAAUCAUUGCCUGCAAGGCUUGGCAUAGUUCAGACAGCUUAUGCAAAUGGGGCAUCGACCCAAUUUCUCAAGAACCUUGGCCUUGAAGUGGUAUUCACUCCUACAGGAGUGAAAUAUCUGCACAAAAAAGCUUUGGAGUAUGAUAUUGGUAUAUAUUUUGAAGCCAAUGGACAUGGGACUGUAGUAUUCUCGGAGGAGUUUCUCUCUCAACUAGAUUCAUUAAGCAAUGAGCUCUCCUCUGAAACUGCCAAUGGUUCAGCACAGUAUCAUGCUGCAAUGAGAUUGAUGGCAGCUAGUCAGCUGAUUAAUCAGGCAGUAGGUGAUGCUCUGAGUGGUUUGCUUUUAGUGGAGGCUAUUUUGCAGUACAAGGGAUGGUCAUUUCAGAAUUGGUGUGAACUAUAUAGUGAUUUGCCCAGUAGACAGUUGAAGGUGAAAGUUAUAGAUCGAAGUUCAAUUGUCACAACAGACUCGGAGACAAAAGUUAGUCAACCUUCUAGUUUGCAAGAAUCGAUAGAUAAGGAGACUGCCAACUAUACCCACGGGCGAUGCUUUGUGCGGCCAUCUGGCACAGAAGAUGUGGUACGGGUGUAUGCCGAGGCAUCUACGCAGGUGGAAGCUGAUAGUCUUGCAAGAUCUGUGGCACAUCAUGUGGAACAACUUCUUGGAUAACCAUUUACAGUCUUGUUUGCGAUUUUGACUAAAUUUUCUAGGGCUAUCCCUCCUGCUUUUUAAUUUGUAACUUUUACGCCUGUGAGUCCAAACUUUUGAAUUCCACUGUUUAUAUGCACAGAGCAGAAAUCAUUCCCUCCCUGUAAAAUCAUUCCCUCCCUGUACUCGUGCUUUUCUGAUGGAUUUUGCGCAUCUGCCGAGGAAGAUCGAAAUCUCAUGUAGUACCUUAUUUGUAGCUAACAGUGUACCUUAUCCCUUAUUUGUUAUCCAUUUGCUAAAUAACAUCU